AAAGAAACUGAAAGUCCAUUGUGCCAGAAGGAGUUUUGCUUGCAUUUCCGCCUGAGUUUUAAUUUUGCAGAUCAAGUUGUGCUGAAGGACAAGGACUCGAUCCGGAAAAAUUCGCAUUAAAAAAUAGGAUAGAAGAAGAAGUGUCUGAUCAAGAACAAUAUCGAUCUAGGUUUUGAUGUACGAUAUAUUUAUUUCCAAAUAGUUUAGUUAUCUCGAUCUCGAAGAUAGAAGACCUUUCCCAAAACUAUUUCCACACAUCGAAAGAGCGUACGAAAUAUUUGGUGUUUGCCACAGUAAAUUAAAAGUAAAUCAUGACGAAGCUCUCCUUUUCCUCUCUCCUUCUGACCUCAUGCAACUUCGCUCUGACUCAACUUUCCGUGCUACCCCAGAGCGCCGAGGGUGCGGGAUUUGGCCGAAAGAAUGGUGCAGGCGGACUGUUGCUGGCAUCAUCUCGACAAGAGCAACACCGCGAGCAGCAGGAAGAGGAAGGAAUAAAGUAUGCAGAUUUUCCUUUUCCCGUCCCGGCACGAACGCCAAAGUCUACCUCGCAGCAACAGCGGCCGGUAGAAGCUACGGAACUCGAAGCCACGGCGGAGAUCAGUGCGAUUCUUCUCGGUGGAGGGGAGCGCGGUCAUCUUCAGCCGGGAAGCGAUUUUUCGUCUCCGCGGCCAACUUUUCAUGGUGAGGGAGUAGAGUAUGACCUAACACGAUACUACAGGCAGGUUUGCUCCACUCCCGACCCCUAUGCGGGUGCGCGUCCCGGGGCUCCGCCGCCCGAGCUCAGCUCCGAGCACCGUGCUGGACGGGGUGUGCAUUACCACAAGCACGUGAGUAGACAUCUUCGCAAAUCAUCAAAUAGUCCAGCGAAAUCAAAGUCAAAUUCGCACGGCAGCAGGAGGGGGGGACGGGAGCAGCAACCGCACCAGCGCGACCAUAAUAUUCAGAGGGAAGAACUACAUCCGCGGCAAUAUCCGCGACAUCCGGUCGUCCCACCCGACUGUGCUAAAUUCUUCGCAGCCGCAGCGGCAAAUCGAACUGCGGCUGCUAAUGUCCAAUUACAUGGCGCCGGCGCAAAUGCGACGAUUUCAGAAGCGGAAGUUGCCGCUGGCACUCCGGAGGCACGGAAAAAUGGUGAUCUUCAUGUGCGGGACCAUCUGUACGCUGAAAAACCUGAAAUUGCAGCUGAAGGAGCGGGCGCAGGCCCAUCUACAUUAGGCGAAAGUAUCAAGGUACCGGAAAGGGAAACUACGAGCGAAAUAAAAAUAAUUUCAACGACGCAAGACAAGGAGCGCAUCGAAGGGGCCGAGAGCAACACAAAGGCCACGAUGGGUACGGACGUAGCAGAUUCUGUAGAUUUAUUACGUGACCUUCAUCUUGCGGAUGGGUUCACUGAAAUGGAAUUCAACCGAAUCAGCGAGAAAAGAGACCGCAGGGCCUCGCACGCAUCUACUGCGGCGAGCACGAGUGCGGGGAGUCCGCCGUGGGCAGAAGAGGCUGCAGGUGGGCGGGGGGCGUGGCCAUUUUACUCGUUCUCCUCGGAUCUAGACGCGGACAAUGAUGAAGAAGAAGAUAUAGAUAAAGAUACCGAUCCAGAGGUCACUAAAAUCACCGCAUUGUCGUCCAUAAACGCUCUUGGUUCGACGGCGCAAGAGCGGGAAGAAUUGGUAGAAAGAACAAGCGGCAUAUUAAAGUCGUCGACGGACGGAGGCAGCAGCACAGAGCUCCUGCCGGUUGACGACCAUGAUCAUGACCCGCAGCCUAGCCCCGAACAAGUACCGGAAAGCGAGGCGGUUGUUUUGCUUGAUGACGAUGACACAAAAUCGCAGGUCGCGAACGCAGAGCUCGUUGCCAUGUUCGGCGAUCUGCAGCUGGACCACUGCGAGUUUGAUUCACAGGAGUCUUCUGGGCGGGAGCCUGUCAGGUUUCAUCAUGAAGAAGCGACAAAUAAAGCACCCGCUAAAGAAGAGCUCGACCACGGCCCUCUGUCUCGUCCUUACUACAAACCACCCCGCCCUGCCAGUGGUAGAAAUAAGGCGCGGCCCCCGACGGACCUGCGGGUGAAUACAACGGCACCAGCUUGUUGUAGAAGUAGCUCCUUGUUUCCUGCAGCAGACGCUGGCUCUUCGCCGGAAUCUCCCGAGGAAGAUGCUGAGAUGAAAAGCUAUCUGAAUUUUCCCGAGGUGUCGCCGCAGUCCACGCGAGUCCCGUCCGCGUCCCCUAGCUCCGCUGGCGGGAGUCCAAGCGUGGUCGGCCCUGUACUGGAAAACGACGAGCCGGUGGUGCCGGAAGGAGAGCACGGCGGAGAAGGCGGCUGUGAGUCCGUGUUCAAAGAUUUGCACCGGGCGCCGCCAGCCGUGGCGGAAGAUGCAGGUCAUGAUGCAGACGAGCAGACCCGAUUUAACGCACUGUUGGAGGAAAGUUUGAAAAGUAGUUGCUGGACGGUUUCGACGAGCUGCAAAGGCACUAAAAAAGUAGAUACGAAAGGAGCUGCCUCCGCUAGUAGGACAACUGCUGUCGGAGUCGGCGCGGAGGCGCCGGGGCGUAACGAUAAGAAUGACAUCGGUAAUAUGGCAUCCUUGUCUUCCUCCAAGGAAGACAACGGCGAAACGCAUCCGACAGCUCCUGCUGAGUCGCUUCUUCAUGACGGAAAAGAAAUUCUGCGAGGUGCGAAACAAGCGCCUCUUUCUGUGCUAUCGCGAGGACCACGGGAGGAUCAUGACCAGAAGGACGCAGAACCUGUUAUCAUAGGCGUUGCGAGGCAAAUUCAAGACCAGGAUCCGAGUCGCAAACCACUCCUCCAACGAGAAAAGGAAAAACCUUUUUCCUAUGGCAGUAGGAAGGACCAUCAUCAAGAUGAAGUGAGCACGAGGAGCCGGAAAUCCGCCGGUAUUGUGCAAGAGCAUGAAUCAAAAGUACUAGAGACCACAGCAAGCAGGACCAGGAGCAAGCCACGAGGUACUACUUCUCCACGGCGCGCAGCCGUUUGUUCCCCGCGGCGGCGGCGGAUCAGUACUAUUCGCGAAGAGGUGCUGAGUCCGCAAAAUAAAAAACCUGCAGGCCCCGCCCGCAUGACCCUUCGUGAGCUGACUAACGGGGAGGUGUCGUCUUCAUCCUCUGAUGACGAUGUCCAACUCCUCACACAAGUGCCGACAUCCCAGGCGCUUGACGAAGGAUUUUCCGCUAGUAUGAGAAAAUCUGCACACCUGCGAUCACCAACAAAUAACGAAAUUAAAAUUGAACACGAGAAGAGAAGACAGGUUUUGAUGAACAAAAUUGCAGCGCCGGCGUUAUUAUGGAUUGCAAAUAUGUCUGGGUCUGGAAGAAUGCAAACUUGUCAUGCGUACUUCAGAACACAGGAAAAUCUCUCAUGCAUAGGUAGCAAAAGCUGCUCACUUUCUGUCACCAAAGUGGGGGAUUUGUCAUGCGGAUUCGGCAUUGCGGAACCUUCGCGAAACCUGUGAUGCUGGAGCUUCCAUGCCAGACCUUCUGCGUCAUGCAAAAACAGCAUGACUCUUCCAGACCCAGACAUUUUUACAUUUGAUAGUUAUCGAAAGAGGAUAUGGCCUACAUCACGCGGAAAGUCGGAACCUUAUCUGGCCGUCUCAGUUCCCCCGACAGCGCGUCGCCGCCUCCACUUGCUCGCGGCCACAGGAGAGGCAGUAGCAGUUCGAGACAUCACAAAAGGAGAGGCGCAUCGUCUUCGGCGGAAACACGUCCACAUGAUCUUCGCAAAGCUGCUCCGUCGCUGAACUCUGUGAUGGAAAAAUGUAGUUCGCAAGAGCCACCUCUAGUACAACUCAGCGAAGUAGAUGUAGACUCAGCUUCCUCUACUGGUGUAGAAGUACUGCGGCUCUCCCGCAGUGCGGGCGCGGUGAACCUGGAUGCUCAUUAUCGGGCGGGUCUAGAUCUAGUACAACUUCGUGACAGAGGCGGGACGACGCCGAGCGUCCAGAUGAAAAAUCCUGUAACUGCGGAGCUCAAACGCGAACAGCGUUUGCAGUACGUCGAGCACAUGUGCAGCUCAAUUCCCGGCACAACUAGCGACGUUGAGGUGCUGUACUUCCACUUAUACGAGCUGCAAAAGUUUGCAAAGACGCGGCUCCAGGCACUGGAUACUCUCGCACGGUUAGCGGUGCGAGUGGACGUGGCUGCGGUGGAAACAUCUCGCUCAAAACGUCACGGUAGAAGUAGGAGCGCGAAUAAACGCGAAGGACCAACAUCUCAAAGCUCUAGUGCGCCUCUGAUUUCUCGCGCCGCGCUGGCUUUGACGCUACUGCAUAACCUUGUGCACGAGGAGAUGCCCGCGACCUGGAAAUUUCGUGCGCAAGGCGAGGAAUUACUGGAGGCGGCAGUGGAACGGUUGAGGUCUUUGAAAUCGGCCGUGGCGGAGUCGGUUUUGGAAGUGUACGAAGGGAUGACGGCGCAGAAAACAAAUGCCAAGCAAAGUAAAUUAAUACGCCCAACAUGGUGAUCAUUUGUGGGCCCGGUCGAGAGGAGGGACGUAGAAGACCACGGCGCUCGAGCAUCAGACAGAACGAAGACUUGGCGCGGCGUGGAUUUGGUGCGCAUCUUGGCUUUCUGCUAGAUAAAAAACGGGCAGGAUUAUAUGCUAGUUAAACUACUGCCACACCUUGAUGUACUAGGCAACAAAAAAUCCAAUGAAUAGAGGCGGUAUUCAAAAAAUGACGAUCGAGGUUGUUCUGUCACAGGCUUUUGUGACCAUGCAUAAAAAUGAACUGAAAAUAACCUUCUCAAGAACUAAUUAAGGACUCGGAUGAAUUUGUGACCAAGGGUCUUGACGGCCAUAUUCGAGAAUAUAGAAGCUUCAGUGUUAGUACAUCAACCUCAAUAACCUAAAGAUAUGCUCGUCCAGCAGCAGUCAUAAGAAGGACGAAAGUUGUAAUAAUGUCACGUCGGCAGCAUGUACAAUAUACUUUUCCUAGAAACCCCCAUGAGUACCAAACGAUUUGCAGCCUCUUGCCCUUACCAUAAAAGUUAUAUAGACCUAAAACACCGAUCGCGCUUCCCACAUCGGCCUCCAGCUAGCCGUCAAGUGACAUGCUGAGGACCAGAAGAGCCUUCACUGCGUUGCUUGCUGUAUGCUCUCUCUCAUCUUCCGCAUACUUUUGCUUUGUGUUUGUCAAGUUAGUACUUAGAAGUUCACAAGCCGGAGGCUAUCGAUGUAGUGGUUGGAGAAAGAAUUUUUAUUUGAAGGAGGCAGUUCUUGUCGUUGGUUCGCCGGACCACAACCACUAAUUACGUCGGGUAGAGAAAUGACGAUUUGGCUUCAGUAGCGGUCUCCUUCACACUGACGGUGAAAAACGAAAAAUGCAAGUGUUGCAAAUAUCAACCGUUGCGAGGAAGACGCUACUGCACAAUGUCAAUCUCUCGUGGUUUUUCAUACAAUAAAGUAGGUGCUAUGUAGUUUCGCAGAGUUUUGGCGCGUGCUGGAAGUAUCAAUCUAUUUAGGGGUUUCGUAGUGGUAGCAGAACAAGUCAGAAUCGCUCCCGUCUGACCUUCGGUGUAAGGUCUCUUCUCAUUGAGUAAAAUGACGGAUUUUCUGUCCACUUUUUUGCACUCUCUCAUUAUGAUACUUCCACUUUUCAUGAAUAAUGCGACCCACUGGCGACAUGGAUGAUGUAGCGCAACGACUUACCUGCAACUACUUUCAUCUUGGUUUUUUUUCCAUCAAAAAAGCGUCGGCAGUUUUCAAGAAUGCAUACAAGAGAGCGCACAGCAAACAAGCGAACCGACGCGACUGAAACAUCAAGUUCUACCAGUGUCUAUUAGUACUCGCGACGAAAACUUAUGGUCCUUUGGACUGAAUGCUUUGCUUGUUUGGAUCAUUUUGACUGUUAUUUUGCAAUUAAACAAAAAGAAAAACAAAAAGACUGAUGUUUUACGCUCACUACCUAGUAACUGUUGUAAUACUUAUAAAUGUUUUUAUCGAUUAGGAUUACCCUUUGGUUUGUUGGAAACGCUUUGCACUUCUAUCGCACAGUGCCGCUUUUCGUGGUUGCUGUAUCGGUAGGAAUUAAAUGCAGGUCGUGAGUGAGUCAACGACCUCUACUUUUUUAGAAAUACGAGCAUUCGUAUUGUAUCCAUCUGUCUCCUUGUGUUUGUACAUUAUGUUGUUCCUUUGCAUUGCAAGCGGCAAAAAA